CGCCGUCCUUAACUUUCCACCACGGCGAUCAAUCCCACCCUCGUGAAUCCAAAGCUUUGCCUACAGACCAUUCUUUAUUUUUUUGUCGCAGGAGUUGCAGGGCAUGGUGCACUUUGCAGCUGACGUUCCACUUUUGCUCUCAGGAACGCUUCCUGGGUCUGUUUUUUCAGCCGCUGCAGUGCUCCGUGGAGUUUUAUCCGGUAGUUAUUCUGAAUUGCAGAGAGUGAGGGUUGUCACAAGGCAUUGUUGUGUGUGUGAGAGAGAGUAGGGAUGGCUGCGUUCGUGGGAGCGCCGUCGUUGUGCACGGCGAGAUUGGUUGUAGAGAAAGAUGUGAGCGCGGCGUCUUCUUCAUUGGUUGGGGAAAGAGUGCGUGUGGGGAUCAGCGCCGUGCGCUUUUGCACAAGGAAGGGACUGCAAAUUGUGGGGCGGGCCAUGCAGUGGGACGGUGUGAAUCAGAGGGAACCACCAUGUGAUUCCCCGAGGAUUUUUUUUGGGUCCAACGGCGGCAUAAGUAGCGGGACAAGGGUUUUACGGUUGCGCAGAGCAGUUUCUGUGCAGGCAAGUCCGAAGUUCAAACAAAAUGAGGAUUUGCCACCUUCCAACGUGCCGAAAAAUAAGAAGAAACCCUUUGUAAGACCCGUCCAGCAUGGGAGCCAUGCGAAGAGAAUGAGAAGGAGAGAGAUGAGAUUAUUACCUCCCAAACCCCUGAAGGCUCCUGCAAAUGGGUUGCUUGUUAAAAGGCUUAUGCCUGUGGCACAUAUGGUGUAUAAAGCAUAUCAAGUCGUCUUGGAUGGUGUUUCACGACUUUUGAAACAUAUACCUGUCAGAGCCUGCAGGUGGUGCACGGAAGUUUACGUAGGUAAAGAAGGGCACACAAUAAAGACAUGUCGAGGGAAGCACUGUACUGGACGCUCUGGAGAGCAUUUAUGGGUGGCUGGACUCCUUGAAGAUAUUGUAGUGCCAUUGGAGGCUUUUCAUCUUGUAGAUCGCUUACAGAAGCCCAUAAGACACGAGGACAGGUUCAACCACGAUAGAAUCCCGGCUAUUGUAGAAUUAUGUAUUCAGGCAGGUGUGGAUCUUCCGGAAUUUCCAACAGUGAGGAGGACUGUACCUAUUGAUCGACCAGGUUGGGAUAAGGUUGACAGCGGUGAAGAGCCUACUACAUUUAGUGGACUUGAUGGAAUGAGUAGAAGGAGGAAUACAAUAGAGGAGAUCAUUGAUACGGAUGAUGAAAAAGCUGAAACAUCUGUGUCUGGCGGUGAAGAACAAUCCAUGGUAAAUGAGGGAUUGUUGGAUGAAACAGCAGAGGUGGUUGGCACAGAAGACUCUGAUGAUCGUGAAAGGAGCUCUGAGUCAAAGUUUGAUGUCCAGGCUAUUAACGAUGAUGACGACUUAAAGACGAUUGCGGAAAAAACGAUGCGUGCUUGGACUAAGAUGCGUGCAGGAGCUAACCAGCUAAUACAGACUUACCCAGUAAGAGCCUGUGGUUAUUGCCCUGAAGUUCACAUUGGUCGCAGAGGUCAUAAAUUGCAAUUAUGUGGCGCGUUCAAGCAUCAGUGGCGCAACGGACAGCAUGGGUGGCAAGAUGCUGCUUUGGAUGAUUUGAUUCCUCCCAGAUAUGUUUGGCAUGUGCGAGAUGUAAACGGGCCGCCGUUGAACAACUCUCUUUCGAAAUACUAUGGUAAAGCCCCUGCUAUUGUGGAGUUAUGCGUUCAAGCAGGUGCUGCGAUUCCCAUGAAGUAUAAGCCGCUCAUGCGGCUUGAUGUAAUUAUACCAGAUUUAGAUGAGCUUGAAAUGGUUGCCUAGUUUGAAAUACCUUCCAUCUUAGUGAUGUGUCGUAUUUCCUAGCAAACUAGCGGCUUUCAACCAAGUUGAUUAAAUUACUACCAUUUUUUUAGAAUGGGCAGCCUUUUUGGACUUGUUGAAGUUCCUACCAUGGAAGAUACAACACUGAAAGGUUGAAUGGAGCAGCAUGUGCAAUUUUAUUUUUUAUAAAAACUUGUUACCUCA